AUGUCUCCCGCGCUCAAGAGACGAUCUCACACCCUCAGUCUGGAUCUCUCAGACCUACCCCAACUCUCGCAACCUUCGCCGGCCUCAAACACUCUGAUCAUCACCAACCUCGCCGACGUUUCCAUAUUCACCGCCGCAAACCUCGAAUCCAUCCAACAAGCCAUCACCGCACACGCGCCCACACACUCCUUCUGCCCUCUGCGGUCGAUGCGCCGCAUCAUCGUCUCCUUCUACACCAUCGAAGACGCCGUUGCGGUCCGGCAACUCCUGGACGGCGAGACCGUGCUGGGAAACCGCGUGCGAGUCUACUUCGGCGCCAAUACCAAAGUCGACUUGACAGAAGAUCAACACCUGCAAGCUCCGAAGUCCCAGCGCCUCUUCUUCAUCUCCCCUCCUCCAUCGCCUCCCGUGGGCUGGACAAUGCGCAACGAAGAGCCCCCGAACAAGGAAGUCCACGCCGACGACCUCGCCUCUGCGCUCGCGAAACUCCACGCCCGACCCGCAGCAGAUGAUGCAUUGUACGAGAACAUGGACAGUGGAGCACAGACACAGCGCUCGCCGGUGAACAGACAACGAUCGGGUACAACUGGUUCGAUGGUGGUAUAUGAUCCCCAGGAACACGGCAAGUCGCCCGAUCUGCCGGCUAUUGCGGUGGAGGAUACGACGGAGAGUCCGUUGCCGUUGAGCCCGAUGGAGGGCGUAGAGAAGAAGUUUCCGCAUACCGCGAGACCGCCGGUGGAGCUGAUGUAG